AUGGUACAACCUCCCGGCAGAGAAUCCACGCCGCUGGAAUCAACCUUGAACAGCUGGGUUGCUUGGGCGAAUGCCGGUGCGUCCGGCGGAGCGCUCUUCCAGAACCUUCAGGAGGGCUUUGCCGGCAGCCAAGGCUUGGCGACACUGCAGCAGAGUUUGCUGUCUGUCCGCCUCCCCGACAGCGCCGAAGAAGCCAUCGACUGGGAAGGGGCGCUGAAGAGGCAAAAUGCUGCCAAUGACGAGCUGUGUAGCGAGAACAGCCAGCUGCAAGUAGAGCUGAAGAAGCUGCAGGAGGAGGUGGAGGCACUGGAGGCGGCGGAGGCGGCCCUGCCCAAGGAAGCGGAAGCUGCUAAGACAGCAGCGGACGACACGGAGGGGCUCCUCGAGGAGAUCAUUCACCAGCUCCGGGACCGAGUUCAGAACUCGCUGGCCAGGUUUUCAAGGCCGACUGCCGACCCAGGGGACCCCACAGCGGAGAUGGGCGAUCCAGACUGGUCGGAGCUGCUGAGUCGCGUGGAGCAGGCCGUGCGCGAGGCAGAGACGGCCUCGGCGGCGCCCAGUGCGGCUACCAUGGCCGAGGAGGUCGCUCUCUUGGUCGCCGAAAAGAUGGCGCUGAGAGAGCAGGUGGAGAGGCAGCAGGAGCGCAUUGAAGUCCUUGAGGAUGAGCUUCGGCAGCUGGAUGUGAUGCCUCCAGAUCACCUCCUGAGAGACAUGCUCUCCAAGCAUGUUGCUCGUGGUCUGAGCGAUGCAGGUGGUGCCCUUUCGGCUGGGCUUUCCGCUGUUCUGGCGCCCAAGGGCCGCCCGGAAGCUUCGCCACUGGGAGGUGAGUUUGAGGUCAUCAGCGGGAGAGGCGCCAUAGUGCGCAGUGGCGAAUCCCUCCGCAGUGAGGUUGUUGGCGAGCUCGCCCCCGGGAGCCGCGUCAAGGUCGUAGCGACUUCGCGAAAAUAUCCAAGGAGGGUGGAGAUCGUCCACGUCCCUGCAGAGGCCCCGGGAACUGAGGAGACUGCCAAGGCACGAGGCCUCGUCGGCUGGAUCAGCGCGUCCUCCAAGGACGGCCGUCUUCUGAUUCGUGCCGUAGCGGAGGAGGCUCCUGAGGCGGCGCAGGCACCUGCCGAGACACCGAAGGAUGCGGGCAGCGUGACACUGUCGCAGCAGGAGUGGGAGUGCUUAAACGAGGCCAAUGCGAGCUCUGCGCAGCAGCUUCAGGAGUUGUCCACCCAACUGAGCCGCAUCGGUGCCUACCUUCUCCAGUCCUUCGAGAUGCAGUCAGUGCUGGCGCAGCAGCAGAAGAUCGCAGGUCAGGAGCGCGAGCGGCGCUCCUCGGCCCGGGAGAUGGCUGCCAUGGCCGCCGAGGAGGCGGCGCAGCGCCGGUUCGAAGCGCGCGCCGAGGUUGAGGCACUUCAGGAGGAGUAUGCGGCCCGUGAAGCCACCCUGGCCACUGCCGAUGAGGAGGAAGCUGAAGAAGAGGAGGAAGAGGAGGCACCUCCUCCCACCGCAGCACUGGCCGAGUCGCCCAUCGGGGCCUCUGCCAUCGACUGGGAGCGGCUGAGCUCGGAGCGUGAGACGACGGCGGCGGCGCUCUCCGCCGGAAUACAACGUCUAACGUCACUGCAAAGAGAGGUGGCAGAGCUCGAGCAGGAGCAGCAGCGCCUGCACGCCGAGCCUGCAGACUUCGCGCCAUUAAGGCAGCGACUGCGCUCGGCGUUGCGAGGAGCGACCAAGGUGGAGUCCCCAUGCAACAGCGAGAUCCUCGACGCUUCAGAGGGCCUGUUCCGUCAUCGCCUGCGCGAUCUGGCGCAACACGCGCGUGCGCUGCGGAGAGAGUUGCGACAAGCGCGAGAGGGCGAGCGGACUCUGCGCGGCUCCGUCGCAGCACGCAGCGAUGCACUGCGAG